GUAUUUACUCAUUUGGGCCCUGCCGUAAUAUUCAAAUAGUUGGCAAACAAACAUUUCGUUAUCAGCAUUUCGAAGGCACGUGGCACACCUGUGAAGGACACUCGACUGAUCAAGAUGGCGGCUAGCGCUGGUGCCAGCAGCUGGUCGGGCAGCAGCGGCGGCAGCACAUCCUCCCAAGGACGCCAGCUGGCGACCGCUCAGCCCGUCCAAGAGGAGCGCUUAGUGGUGGGUGUGCGUGUACGCCCGAGCCUGGAGGCCACCGAGCGCUGCAUUGAGGUCAUCUCUGGCGGCUCCCUGCUGUAUGACGACGGUGGCAAGAGUCGGCCACGCAAAUAUUCAUACGAUCAUGUCUUCAAAGAGAACGACACACAGGAGCAGGUGUACAAAACCACGACAGCACCACUGGUCAAGGAUGUCCUGAAUGGCUACAAUGCGGCCGUCUUUGCCUAUGGCGCCACAGGCUCUGGCAAAACGCAUACAAUGCUCGGCCCAGUGCCGCGUAAGAAGCCAUCGACAGCGGAUCGCGGGCCAUCGGCUGUCGUUGGCUAUGAGGCAGACGUUAGCAAUCAGGACAUUGGCUUAAUGGUGCGCGCCAUUGAGGAUAUUUUUGGCCAUAUCGAGGCAGCUGGCCCCGAGAGUUCCACCAAGGUAUCAAUAUCGUAUCUAGAAAUUUACAACGAGCUAAUACGGGAUUUGCUCAACCCGGGAGGGCCGCUGGAAUUGCGCGAAGAUCAUAGGGGUCAGCGGAUUACAGUGGCCGGCCUCUCCGAAAUAACAACGUCUAGCCGCAAGGAAGUCGUCAGCCUGCUUAUUAAAGGCAACAAGUCCAGAACAAUGGAGCCAACUGCGGCCAACCAAACCUCUUCACGUAGCCAUGCCCUCCUUAGUAUUACUGUGCAGACGCGAACGCCGCUGGGCACCAAACAGGGCAGGCUCUUCCUUACCGAUCUCGCUGGCUCGGAGCGAGCGAAGAAGACUAAGAAUCGGGGCAAGCGGCUGCAGGAGGGCGCCCACAUCAAUCGUAGUCUGCUAGCCUUGGGCAACUGCAUCAAUGCGCUGUCUGGCGGCGCUCGAUAUGUAAACUACCGCGACUCGAAGCUCACACGGCUGCUCAAAGAGGCGCUCAGUGGCCGCUGCAAGACGGUAAUGAUCGCCCACGUUGCGCCCGAGAGCAAACAUCGCGAUGAGACCAAGAACACCCUGGUCUAUGCGGACCGCGCGAAUAGCAUCACCACCAAGCUGCAGAGCUCCGUCUACAUCGACGAGUUCAAGAACUUUCCCACCAAGCACUACCAGAGCCUGGUCUCAGAGCUGCGAGACGAGGUCACCCGCCUGCGCACCAAGAUGCUGACGGAUCGUCCGCGCAGCGGGGCUGCCGCUGCGGCCGCUUCAAUCGUAGCUCAGCAGCCGCCCAGCGAAGAGCAGAACGAGCAGCGUAAAACGGAGCUGCGUUAUCUGCGUGAACAGAUUGUGCUGACCUUCAAGCAGCAGAUGAAGCUGCGUCGCAAGCUGCUUGAGGCAGAGAGUCAUCUGCUGGGCCUCGAGCUGGACGCCGAGCGACAGCACAUGAUCAUAUCCCAUUGGCAGGGGCGCAUUGGCAAGCUGUACGAUGCGCCAGGUGAAGAUGACAUGGAAUCGGAAGGAUCGGUGGCUUUGAAAAAUGCGUGGGGUGAACUGGCGGCCAUAGAGAAGGAGACGCGGCGAUAUAAGGAAAUCCGCGAGCACACAGAGCACGAGCUGGAGCAGUGUCGCCAGAAGGGCGUCAAACUAGAGGAUGAGCUUCCGGAGCGCAUUACUAGCGACGAGGAGCGCGAACUGCUCGCUCUCCUCUGCCGCGUGCAUGAACUUGAGGCGGACAAGGUCUCACUGCAAGCGGAGCGUUUGGCACGUCAGGCGGAGCUGCGACGUCGUGAUCUGCAGUUGCUGCGUGCCGAGCGGCAACGACGACUCUGCGAGGACAUCAUUAGCUCCCAGCGUCGACUCAUCGAGGAGGGCAACGUGGAGCUGCCGGACGAGCUGCGCGAACUCUACGGUCUCUAUCAGCAGGAGAUACACGCAGGAGUUGUUACGCCCAGCACGAGCAGCUACGACAAGAAGCUGCCGCCCAUAUACACAGCUGGCUCCGAUUCACCGGGCUCCAGUUCCAGCUCCGAGUGGUCACCCGCCUCGCCUUUGCCGGCCAUAGAAGGUCAUGCCGAGCACGUGAUCGUGUCGGAAGGUCCAGAUCGGCUAAUGGGUCCACCGGUCAAUUCGCGUCUGCCCCGUCUGAGCACUGCCGUGCCCCUGUCUGGUAUGCGGCGACCCUCGCUGCGUCUGGGCAAACAGACGCAUCCUUAGAGGCAGCUGCACCGGCUCUGU